CUGCCAUUCCACAUGGUUGUGUAUAUGGCGCUUGCCAGGAUAGAGUGCAAGCGUUGGAAUCACGUUUCAUGACUUCUUGAUAUAUCUCUAUCCUUCAAAGAAGACUGCCUUUGGCCAGCAAGUCUUGAAGAAACCUGAACCACCUUUUCCAGAUAUAUAAGCUCAGAUAAAUUAGUAAUCGAUCGGUGAAGAUGAAUGUAGCGAAGGACUCUAACACACAGAAGAAAAAGGAUGACGCAGCCCCUGAGCUCGAAAGCCACUUUAUACUCCGGUUACCAGAGGAACCUGCAAAGGGUUUGCGGCAAGCACUGCAGGCAGGAGCCACUAAUAUCAAGGACAAGUUGAGCAUUCAGUUGGAACCUGAUAUGAGACAUGGAAUUGUCAGACUGGAUAACUGGGUCCUUCCAGCCAAGAUGCUUAUUUGUAGAGAAGAUGAUGAUACAACAGAAGAGGAAGACUCACCUCCCAAAGGAAAAGGGAAGAAAGACCCAAACAGGAAAUUCCUAUGGCCACAUGGACUCACUCCACCUCUAAAGAAUGUUCGCCGCAGAAGGUUCCGAAAGACCUUAAGAAAAAAGAUGGUGGAUGCACCUGAGAUUGAGAAAGAGGUAAAGCGACUUUUGCGUGUUGACAAUGAAGCAGAGAGUGUGCGCUUUGAAAUCCUGACUGAAGAAGAUGAAAGAAUCAAAGAAGAAGAUUCCAGCAAGCUGCCCUAUGGUGAAGAUUCCAAAUUCACAUCAGGCAUUGGGCCGGCGGAAGGGCGAGAAGGCGCCGUGCUUGAUCUUCCCCUUGAGGGCCUUGGAGAUGGCCGACCCCACGACGAACCCCUUGGUGAACUUGAAGACGUCUCCGAUCCCGGCCUCGGCUCCGACCCCGAGCAGGGACAGCGCCAGGAGGACGAACAGGCGGAAUUUCUCGAGGCCUGGUCCGUGUCGCUCUUAAAUCCCAUCGAAGGACCUGCUGGAUCUCGCUCGGUGUCUGCCACUGUUUAUCGAAAUGGAAUCCGAAACCGAAAGGAGGACGGAAGGACGCACGCGGGCACGGUGACCCACAGCUACGGCGGGGUGGGGAGGAACAUCGUGGAAGUCCUCCAUCGAUUGGGACACGACCCGUUGUUCGUCACGGCCAUCGCCCGGGAUCCCCACGGCUCUGCCGUCCGAGGUCAUCUCUCUGGCAUGGACGAGAGCGGGUUGAAGGUGCUCGCGGGACCGGGUUUGAGGACCGGGACCUACUUCGGACUCUUUUCUCGGGAUGGAGAACUCAAAUACGGAGUCGGAGACAUGGACAUCUUUUCUCUCGUUUCGAUCGAUCGAGUAAAAGAACACGAGACAGAAAUAGGUGAAAGCAGUCUCGUCCUCGUAGAUGCCAACGUUCCCGAGGAUACAAUAGACUUUGCUUUGGAUAUUUGCUCUGCAAUUAGCAUUCCUGGUAAGAAAAGAAAAUGGAAUGGGGUCCUUACUGGGCAGCAGCCACUCUCGGAUGAUCUGGUACUCAUUGCUGAACACAUAGUGGCAUCCACUGAAUUUAUGGUCCAGUUGAUAACGUGGAUACCUGAAGCCAUCGAAGCAAAAUUCCCACAGACCCAUCUUCUUGAAGGAAUUGUGUGUAUUUUCCCAGGAAACCAACCAAUAGGGACUGAUACAAGAGAUGUGUAA